UGUUUCCUCAUCGCUUACCCGAGUAUAUAAAAGCAAAGCCGAUGUUGACCCUACUCUUAGGUCACUUAAGCUUCCCAACUUGGAGUGAUUAGUUGAUUGUAAUUUAUUUUCUUCGUAAACAAAAAGUUUAACCAACACACAGAACAAAACAAUGAAAUUGACUUCAGUAACUAUUGUGGUCCUUUUUGGUGCCAUUGCCACAAUUAACGCUUAUCCAAGUGUAAAAGGAGUUCCUACCCAAGUCUCAGAUGUUAAAGGUCUCAAAGUUCCCCCUAGUCCAGGAUAUUACGAUCGACCCUCGAAGGUUGGUCAAGUUAGAGAUGAUGUAAAAGGAGUUAAAUCAGUUCCUGUUGUCCAGCAACAACAACAACAACAAGUACAAGAUGAAAUUAAAGGUGUCCAACAACAACAACGAGAUCAAUUCAAAGGUCAAGUUCCCGUUGUCCCUCAAUAUCCCGUUAAAGGUGUCCAACAAAAAGACCCCGUCAAGGGAAUCUCUCAACAUCCAAUCAAAGGUCAACAACCUGUUGUCCAACAGCGACGACCUUACCCAGUCAAAGGUUAUCCCCAACAGAGAGACGAAGAUGCUAAAGGUAAAAGUUUAGUCCAACAACAAGCUGAGGUCAAAGGUGUUUCCCGACAAAGACCACACUAUCCAGUUAAGGGUUACCCUCAACAACAAACCCAACAAGUUCACGAUGAUGUCCAACAGCGACAACAACCCGUUUUCCCAGUUAAAGGUCAAAGACAAACUCGAAGUCUCAACUAUGAACAAGAUGUUGACCAAUCCAAAGUUGGAGCCAAAGGUCGAAAGGGAGGUAUCAAGGGUGCUCCCAAAGCUCCAACCAAAAGUGUCCCAAGAACCAAGGGAGGUAAAUCUGUCAACGAUGUCAAAAUUGUCCAACAAGAGGCUAAAGUUGCCGAUGUCCAAGUCAAAGCCGAUGAACAGGUGAAAAUUGUCCAAGAACCCGUUCCAGUUGUAAAGGUAUCUCAAGAAAAGGUAGCCCAAGAGUCCGUUCCCGUUUCCCAAGAAAAGGUUGUCCAAGAAUCCGUUCCAGUGGUCAAAGUUGUCCAAGAAAAAGUUGUACAAGAAUCAGUCCCCGUUGCUAAAGAUGUCCAAGAAAAGGUUGUCCAAGAGUCCGUUAAGGUACCACAAGAAUCAGUUCCCGUUGUAAAAGUAGUCCAAGAAUCAGUCAAAACUGAACAAGUGAAAGACGCUCAGGUCAAAUCUGAAGAAGCUGUUAAAGGACAAACCGUUGACCAUGUAGUCGUCGCCGUUGCCAAUGGUGUUGGCUCAAGUUCCAGUGGUGCCUCAGCUUCAGCUUCCGCUUCAGCGGUUGUUGUAGUCGCUCGAGAAGAGCCACAAGUUAAGGAAGAAACCAAAGCCGAUGAGCCGAAACAAGGUCGAUAUUUGACCAAAGUCGGUUCUCCCGUCAAAGGUGUCCCAUUUUACCGCAAAAAGAUCAGUCAACAAAAGGAUGUUACCGUUCAACAAAAUGAACAACAAGUUGCCCAAGAACCUCAAGUUGUCCAACAAGACCAAACAGUUCAAUCAGAUUAAUUGAUCAACAAUUAAGACAAUCCCUUAAUCCUUGUCAAAUAAAAUACUCACCACACAAAAUAAUUGACGAGCUUGUACUUGUAUCCUAAUGAUUUGAAUUCACACAAAUUAAUUUAUUACUCAUUAAACGCUUUCCAGCACAAUCAUUACAACCAUCA